AUUUGGCCACCAGCUCGUCUUACCCCCUCGUUAGGUGCGAUAUCCCCUGACAAAAACCGUCCUCGUAGACUCGGCAGCCGCUCGUGUCGCUAGUCCGGAUUUGAGGGUUUAAACAGACACAAGGAAAAAGUGAAGAUGGACCCGCUGGUUGCUGCUAUUGACCAGGGCACGAGCUCGACAAGGUUCCUGGUGUUCAAUGCAAAAACCGCCGAGCUGAUCAGUCACCAUCAGGUAGAAAUCAAGCAGCGUUUCCCCAAAGAGGGCUGGGUAGAGGAGGACCCCAAGGAGAUAAUGCUGUCUGUCUAUGAGUGCAUAGAGAGGACCUGUGAAAAGCUCUGCCAGCUCAACAUCGACAUCUCCAACAUAAAAGCUUUGGGAGUAACCAACCAGCGAGAGACAACUCUGGUGUGGGACAAGGAGACCGGAGAGCCACUUUACAAUGCUAUUGUUUGGUUGGACCUGCGAACACAGCCAACAGUGGAGAGGCUCAUCAACAAGGCUCCAGGCAGAAACAAGAACCACCUGAAGCAUAAGACCGGUCUUCCCAUCAGCACCUACUUCAGUGCAGUGAAGCUGCGUUGGCUGCUUGACAACGUGGAUGAGGUGCAGCAGGCGGUGCUGAGCCGGCAAGCCCUGUUCGGGACAGUGGACUCCUGGAUCAUCUGGUGUCUGACAGGGGGCAGGAACGGUGGAGUGCACUGUACAGAUGUUUCUAACGCCAGUCGCACCAUGCUGUUCAACAUUAACACCAUGGCCUGGGAUCCUGAGCUGUGCAGGUACUUUGAAGUCCCUAUGGAAAUCCUCCCCAAAGUCAGAAGUUCCUCUGAAAUAUACGGCUGGAUGAAAUCUAACUCACUUGCAGGAGUUCCUAUCUCUGGGUGUCUAGGUGACCAGUCAGCUGCUCUAGUAGGUCAGAUGUGCUUCAGGGAGGGCCAGGCCAAAAACACGUAUGGAACUGGCUGCUUCCUGCUCAGAAACACAGGCACCAAGCCUGUGAUGUCAGAGCAUGGCCUGCUGACCACUGUGGCCUACAAGCUGGGAAAAAAUGAGCCUGCCUGCUAUGCGCUCGAGGGAUCAGUGGCCAUCGCAGGGGCAGUGGUACGGUGGCUGAAGGACAACAUGGGCAUCGUGCAGUCCUCAUCAGAGAUUGAAAAACUAGCGGCUGCAGCAGGGACGUCGUACGGCUGUUACUUUGUGCCGGCUUUCUCUGGGCUCUACGCUCCCUACUGGGAACCUAGUGCAAGAGGAAUCAUCUGUGGGCUCACUCAGUUCACUAACAGGAAGCAUUUGGCAUUUGCUGCUCUGGAGGCUGUCUGCUUCCAGACCAGAGAGAUCCUUGAUGCCAUGAACCAGGACAGCGGUGUCCCUCUGACAGAGCUGCAGGUAGACGGAGGCAUGACCUCCAACAGGCUACUGAUGCAGCUGCAGGCAGACAUCCUUUGCAUUCCCGUAGUGAGACCCACCAUGUCAGAGACCACUGCUUUGGGCGUAGCCAUGGCAGCAGGGGCAGCAGAAGGGGUGGACGUGUGGCACCUCAGAAGAAAUCUUGCGGUUGGGGCUGAGAGGUUUGAACCUCAGAUCAACUCUGAUGGUGAGAGAGCGAGUUCCGCUUCGCUCGUUGGAAGAAGGCCGUCCAGAAAGCCAUGAACUGGGAGACCACUGAGCCGUGCUGCAACACGAACGCUCAUUUUACAGAUGUACGAAGAGGUGAAACACAUGUCAUGAGGCAGGAUGCGUCUGUGAUCCAGAAAUAGUCAACAAGCAGUGUUUGUUUGCAUUACACUUGGAUCAGCAGGAAAUAAAAAAUUUUGCAACCAAGUCAAGAAUAAGUUCAGCCAGGAAAUGAUGGAAACGGCAUCUUAAUCCCUCAUCUUGGUUUAGUGUAAUACCCCUCCGUUGUUCCCCAGCAUGUGUAUCUGCACCGAUCAGCCACAACGUUAGCAACAGACGGUUAAUGUGGCAGCAGUUUUUCCCUUCUGACAAAAAAACACUACUGCUCUGUUGAGGCUUAAGGAACCUCAGCACAGUUAGCUCCAGCAGGGCUACAAGCUCUGUGUGUUUAUUGUUGGAGCAUUUCCUGGAACCUAUUGCUUUGCCUCCAUAGAUGUUACAUAUAACCACAAGCAACACAUGUCUGUUAGUAUGAGAAUUAUGUUUGUCCACACAGAUCAACAGCAGUAACAUAUCUGUGGUCUGAGACAUUCAGUGGAAACAUGGACAAAUACUGUGGAACAAUAUUGGGAGAUGAAAACUGUGCUGUCAGUGAACAGUGUGCAGCUUCCAGCAUAAGUGAACAGUUAAUCAACCUCAAGAGCCAACAGAACUUAACAUGAGUGAACCUCCAGCAGCUACAGGAGCUUUGUCAGCUGUCAGGUAAUAACUAUGACCUGGUCUCGUAAAGGGAAACCUGGCGUCCAGGUAUAGAAGAUAAUGCUGAAUAUCAUCACUGUAACAAAAGGGGAUGCUGCUUUUUUUUAACAUUUCUGUUGCACAUGUGAUGAUUCUGUUAAAUGCUAGGAUCUAUAGGAUGCAGUUACAUUUUUUUGAAAGUUACAAGAAUUGAGGACUUGAGAGAUUUCUGGACAAAACGGGUUAAUCAUUUACUAAAACUGUAACAGACAAACUGAGGGUGCAGAAAAGCAUGUUAUUCAUGCUCACCAUAUACAUCAAAAAUUAUAAAGAUUUCUUUAAACAAGUUUUAAUCUACCCAUUACAAACAUGUUAUUUUAUAAUUAUUCUAGAUUAGAACCUUUACACACACUGAAGAUGUUGCAAUUGUAAAUUAAAGUCUGCAUUGAAAUGCAAA